GAUUAUAGAGUAUUCGAUUUUCUGUUUUUUACGUUUAAUUGGUUGAAACGUAAAUCACGUUAAUUGAAUAACAAAUAUUGAUGUUUUUGUGAAGUUGAAGCGCUAUUAAAAGUAUAAUUGAAUCGUUGCCACCACCGGAAAUGUUAAACGGGAUGUACAUACAAGUUCGAUAUGCUUUCACGUUAUCGUUCGUGACGUAAUCGAAUUUAAAUAAUACGAAUGUCCGCGAGUUGUUCGGCGUGGUAAUGGAAGCGAAUUGAAAGUGCAGUUGAUUUAUUGGAUAAAAUCCACCAAAGUUUUUUCAACUAGUUCAUUGACAUGCCUUGUCCUUUAAGGCAAUUUCGAUGUGCGAACGGUUUAUGUAUACCGAACUUGUGGGUCUGCGACUUAACGGAUGACUGCGAAGACAAUUCCGAUGAAACCGCCGAGGAAUGUAAUGGUACGCAGAAGUGCACCGAUUCCGAGUUCAAGUGCACGAACGGCAGGUGCAUACCCGGAACGUGGCACUGCGAUGGCGACGUAGACUGCCACGAUGGGUCCGAUGAGGAUCCAACACUUUGCAGAACGAAGAAUUGCACCGCGGAACAGUUCACGUGUCACUCGGGGAACGGAGAGUGCGUGGCACUUACAUGGAUGUGCGACGACAAUAAAGACUGUUCGGACGGUUCAGACGAGGCUGAGUGCAAUGACACCUGUCGAUCCGACGAAUUCACAUGUGCAAAUAAACAUUGCAUUCAACAAUUAUGGGUGUGCGACAAUGACGACGAUUGCGGGGAUGGCAGCGACGAAAAGGAUUGCAAACCGACCACCUGCCCUCCUGGAACCCAUUUUGCCUGUUCGCAAAAUUAUUGCAUAACGUCUAAAUGGAGGUGCGACGGUGACUUUGAUUGUCCUGAUCAUUUAGACGAAAUUGGUUGUCAGGAAUAUGCAAACGGAAAACGUCCCAGUCAUUGCAGUAAAAAGGAGUUUGACUGUGAUGAUGAUAUCACUUGUAUACAUCAAAAUUGGGUUUGCGAUGGUGACAAGGAUUGUCCUAACGGUGCAGAUGAAUCACCACAGAGGUGUCACAAUGUUACAUGCAGACCUGAUCAGUUUCAAUGCGAAGAUCAUCAUAAUUGCAUAUCAGGUCAUUUGUAUUGUAAUGGGAAAGCAGAAUGCGCGGAUGGCAGCGACGAGAAAAAUUGCACGAGCAAAACUGUGACCUGCGAUCCAUUGACUCAGUUCGAAUGCAGCGAAGGUUCCUGUAUCCCGAUUUAUAAUGUAUGCAAUAAAAAUCGUGAUUGCAUCGGUUGGGAGGAUGAGAAUACGGAGCUUUGUGGUGUAAACGAAUGCCUGAAAAACAACGGCGGAUGUUCGCAAAUUUGCAUCGAUUUACCCAUUGGUUUCCUAUGUAACUGCAGUGCAGGAUACAGAUUGGUGGAUAACCGAACCUGUGAUGACAUAGACGAAUGUCUAGAACCAGGUAGCUGUUCUCAGUUCUGUUUGAACGAAAAGGGUAGUUUCAAGUGCAGCUGUGCUCCAGGUUAUCUGAAAGACCCUAGAGAUCAUACUCGUUGCAAAGCAGCCGAAGGUCAUGCCAGUUUGCUCUUCACCAGAAGGCACGACAUCAGGAAAGUAGCUUUGGAUCGUCUGGAGAUGACGGAUAUAGUGAAGAACACAAAAAUGGCUGCUGCAUUAGAUUUUGUUUUCCGUACGGGCAUGAUCUUCUGGAGCGACACUAGUGAGAAAAAAAUUUAUAAAGCUCCGAUAGACGAAGGCAAUGAACGUACAGUUGUCAUUGACGAUGGUCUAACAACAUCAGAUGGGCUGGCAGUUGACUGGAUAUACAGUCACAUUUACUGGACCGAUUCCAGAAAGAGUACCAUAGAAUUAGCUAAUUUCGAGGGAAAUAUGAGAAAGACUCUUAUACGAGAUCGUAUACAGGAACCCAGAGCAAUAGCUUUGAAUCCAUUAGAAGGUUGGAUGUUCUGGACCGAUUGGAGUGGCGAGGCUCAUAUUGAGAAGGCUGGCAUGGACGGUUCUCAUCGAAUGGUCAUUGUUGAUAAUGAUGUGAAGUGGCCAAAUGGACUGACUCUGGAUUUGAUAGGCAAGAAGGUAUACUGGGUAGAUGCAAAAUUGAAUAUAAUUGGAUCCUGUAAUUAUGAUGGUUCUGGUAGACGAACGGUUCUUUAUUCUUCUGAAGUAUUGAGGCAUCCAUUCAGUAUUACAACAUUUGAGGAUUACGUGUACUGGACCGACUGGGACAAAGAAACGAUAUUUAAAGCGAAUAAAUUUACUGGAAAAUCCGUGGUAUCUGUCACGUCGCUUCGAACUUUUCAGCAUCCAAUGGUCGUUCACGUGUACCAUCCAUAUAGGCAACCAGAUGGGAUGAACCAGUGUCAAGCAGUGAAUGGACACUGCAGUCAUUUAUGUUUACCCGCGCCAAGAAUUAAUUCUAAAUCUCCUCUUCUUAGUUGCGCCUGUCCAGACGGUUUAAGAUUGUUACCUGAUGGUUUAAUGUGCGUGGAAAAAGUAAGUACAACUGUAACACCUACAACGCAAGAAAUUAGUAAACCAUUCAAGAGACUUGAACCACUCAACGUUACCACUACAACUAUUCAUCCAGCACAUUCAGCGGAUGGAGAAGGAAAGGAUGGUCUUGCAUCUCAGUCGACAGGUCCUGGCUUAGUUGCUGGUAUAGUGAUAGGCGUGGCGUCCUUAGGAUUGUUACUCCUUGCAUUCGUAGCAGUAUUAUGCUAUAGGCAUUAUCUUCAUCGUAAUGUAACGAGUAUGAAUUUCGAUAAUCCUGUGUACAGAAAAACUACAGAAGAUCAAUUUAGUCUUGAGAAAAAUAGGUUUCCACUCCCCACUGCUACAGUUGGAGAAGAGGCUCAGGAACCCUUAACGAGUCCUGGAACUAACGAUUAUGUUUAAGACUCAAUCUGUCAAUGAAACGGGCAACGAAGCAGGCUAUUGAAACAAUGUCGACCAAAUAACGAAAUCAUGUAUAAAAAAAAAAGAAGAUGAAACCCAUACACGUCGAACAAGCCUGUCCAAUAAUAUGCCUGCGUUUGCCCGCCUGCCUGCCAACUCAGCUGUGAUUAUGUUUACUUUUUUUUUUGUACCGUGUCUCUUUAUUUACAAAUUUAUGCAUCUCGUCAUACAAAUAUAUUAUACCUAUGUGCAACAUUUAGAUUUGCUCAAAGGCAUAAAGGGAGAAAUAUCUAGGUGAACUAUAAUAUCGUUGCCAAAUAAGCGUUGAAGCGUCGGUUUUUUCGAGUAGUUUAAUAAGGUACAAUUCCUAUUUUAUAAUGUUUUUUUUCUCUUUUGUUUACUUACAUAGCAUGUAAUAUAUAUAUAUAUAUUACAUACAUACAUACAUACAUACAUACAUACAUACAUACAUAUAUAUAUAUAUAGUAGUAUUUAUCGUUCUACGUGGGGUCACGACUCAAUCUAUGUUUAAUUCAUAUACAUAUAUGUAUAUAUAUGUAUAUUAUAAAGAGAGAAUAUUUUUUAUCUACACGUAAGGUUUUUAACUUGUUAUCGUUUCGCUAUUUAUUCUGUAAGAAAUAUAAUUCUUUUUGAUUAUAAUCUUCAGUUACAUAUUAUUAUAUCAUCGAAAUCACAUGUAUAUAACACACGAAUUCAAAAUAUAUCAUAGAAAUAAUUUUACAAUGAAUUAUUAACAAAUGUUUUGCGAAUUUGUUAAAUUACUUAUAAUAACUGUUUUAAUCGUAACAUUGUGAAAUACUUUAGACUGCCAAAAUGGAAUGUUUUAGAAAUUUAUUAAUACUCUGUAGUAAUAGGAAUUCGUUCCUAAAAUAUGAUCGUCAAUUUUCUUUCAAUAUCUUCUAGAUUUAUGAAUAGCAAUAUUUAAUCCCAGUAAUGCAGCUGAAAGCAGUUGCGUUUGAAGCAUGUAAAUGUUUAACUUGUGUUUUGUACAUUGAAAGUAAAUUUCUCCUUUUAUGUCAUUUAUAAGAAUACACAUAACAAGCAGUGUUUUCUCGCA